AUGGCGGCUGUUGACUGGCUACGGCAGGAGUCCGCCUUUCAAAGGCCUCCGGCGGCUUCCAUCCCCUCCCCACGCGUUUCCUUCCCUCAAGAAUUUAUCUGCCCACUUUCUAGCGAGGUUAUGCGCGACCCCGUCAUAAUCAGCUCCGGCAAAAGCUUCGAGCGCGUCUACAUCGAGCGCUGGUUCGCGCAAGGAAGGUCCACUUGUCCCAAAACCGGCGAGCCGCUCGCCCACCAGAUGCUCACUCCCAACGAGGCGCUUCAGAAGCUCAUCUCCGAUUGGUGUAAAUCUCACAUGGUCACGCUCAAGCCUCUCCGCCCGUCGAGCCCGCUGACGCCAGCUGCGGAGAAUACGCGCAACCCGUCGAUUCCGCCAUCCCCCGGCGCUUCUGGAGAACAGUUCAAUCUGGCGAAGGCUCGGGCAGCAGCAGCGGCGGCAGCGGAUCGCGCAGCCGCAGGUUCCGCCGAGAGCUCCGCCGCGACCGGCGGCGGAGGCAGCGCGGCGUCGCCAAGAAUAUCCCCGCUGUCGGUUCUCGAGCGGCGCCAUUCCAUGCAAUCCAGUAGUGACGGCAGCUCCGCUGCAGGCGCUUCGACCACGGGCAGCUCAGCAGGCGGUUCAGGUCCUGCCGCGGUAGAGACGCCUAAAAAACUCAACAAUUCCUCCUCUGCUAACGCCUACGUUUCCGCCGGUCCCGCCGCUGCGAACAUGCCGCCAGCUAUUCCUAAGCAUCUUCGGCCAAGCGCGAACGACGGCCCUCUUCAACGGACGAUGUCGCCCCGUAGGAAAGGGGAGCUGUCGCCUGCAACUCCGUGCGACGCUUCUGCGAGCCCGAGGAUGCUGCCUCGGAAUAGCAGCGACCCGUGGCUGUCGUCUGCGGAUGAAGAUGCGAAGAACGACGAAGCGCUCGGGUCGUUCUUGGCUGGAAACACGGGGGGUAACGCGGGAAGGGCGCAGCGUCAGGGGUCGCGUCGCGGAUCCGCGUCGCCGCAGGAGGCGGUGCCACCGGACGGAUCGUUCGAGGCGACUGAGGUGGCGAAAUCGAACGCCGCGGCGGCACUCUUCGCGCUAUCGAAUGCGGAGGAAAACAAGAAGGUUGUGUGGUCGGCUGGAGCUGUCCCGCCGCUGAUUAAUCUCCUCCGUAAGGCGACGUGCGCGCGCACCAAGAAGGAUUGCUGCCUUGCGCUUUACAACCUGUCGUUAUUUCCGAAAGCUGCGGAGGACGCAAUUAAACACGGGCUGGUUCGCCAAGUGUUUGCGCUGCUAGAAGGGGAGGACGAGGCGGGAGUGGAGGAAAAAGCGGCGGUGUUGCUUUGCGCGUUAGUUAAGUACCCGCAGGGUGUUUAUGCGUUGAGAAAAGAGGAAGACGUGGAGUUUACCCUAAUCGGGAUUAUGGAAUCUGGUUCCGAAAAGGCGGCGGAGCUUUCGGCAGGAACGUUACUUUCGUUGGCGAAGGCCGAUGGCGACGACGCGAUGAGCGAAAUCCUCAGCGAGGGGUGUUUACCGCCGUUGGUGAAACUCGCGGGUAACAGCAAGCCGGAUUCGGAUUCGCGAGCUUUGCUCGCGAUGCUUCGUGAGUUCGCUCAGAUCAGAUCGGGCGGCAGUGUAGCUGGGAGCCAGCCUGGCACGCCCAUGGCAGGGAGCAGGCCAACCACACCCUUGGGACGCGGAAUGAGAUAA